AUGAAGCCCAAUUCCACCCUGGUGACAGACUUCCUCCUUGAGGUUUUUGCUGAGACUUGGGAGCUCAGGAUCCUAAUUAGUGUGCUGUUCCUGCUGGUGUAUCUCACCAGCCUGUUAGGGAAUCUUAUCAUCAUCGUUGUUACAACAGUUGACCUGACCUUUAACACCCCCAUGUACUUCUUCCUCAGGAAUCUUUCCAUUGUAGCCAUGUGUUACAUUUCUGUCACUGUCCCAAAUGCUUGUUUCAACUCUCUCACUGACCACAGGAACAUUUCUGUGGCUGGGUGUGCAGCACAGAUCUUUUUUGAAUUCUUUUGUGAAUGCAUAGAGAUUUUUUUUUCUCUCACUGUCAUGGCUCAGGACCACUAUAUGGCCAUCUGCAAGUCUCUCCUCUACCUUAUAAUCAUGAACUACCAAUUCUGUGUUCAGAUGACACUGGCUUCCCUGCAUAUCUCUCUUGUCACUGCAAGUGUGCACACUUUCAAAACAUUUCAGCUUUCUUUCUGUCACUCUAAUGUGGUUCCUCAGUUCUUCUGUGAUAUCCCCUCUUUGUUGAAACUUUCAUGUUCAGAUACCUUUAACAACAAAAUCUUAAUGCUUAUCUCUGCCAUUGUCAUUGGUUGUAGCUGCUCUAUGUUCAUUGUUGAAUCAUAUGUUCUGAUAAUAUCAACUGUGUUGAAGAUUCCUGUCAAAGGAGAGAGACGGAAGGCCUUUUCCACCUGUGUCCCUCACAUUAUUGUGGUGUCUGUCUUUCUUAGUUCUGCUGCCUAUGUGUAUCUAAGACCUCCAGUACUAACAUUGGAAGUAGCUAAGGAGAUGACUCUUUCUGUAUUUUAUACCAUUGUUCCACCAUUCUUAAAUCCUAUCGUCUAUAGUCUUAGAAACAGACAGAUAAAGGAGGCUGUGAAAAAAGUAAUAUUAAGAAUUUCUUUCAUAUUUGAUAUAAAAGGAAUGAGUAUUUGUCAGAGUUUUCUAGAGAUAGAAAACUGACA